AUGUCUUCCGAAACCGAGCCGCUUCUGUCGAAGAAUAAUACUGUUACACUGCUAUGGACAUCUGUUGGCACCUACAUCACCAAGAUCUCUCUUCACAGGUUCCAAUGUGUUGACCUAGAUCAGAAUGGACGUGACAGCUUGAGGAAGAACGGCAGCCUGGACAAUGUCGCCCGAUCUAUGGUCACACUUGGGCCGCUCAUCGUGCUUACUCAACUACUCGCAUCGUGGGAUACCCUUCAUGCUUUAGCUAUAGUGUUAGCUCUUGCGUUGUUGGUGGGCAAUUUCCUGCUGAAGACUCUGUUCCGUCAGUACAGGGCCAUCGAGGACAACUGGCGAAAGACUGUGAAGGCCGUGGAACGUUCGUCAUCUGAUAUUGCCGAAAAGCGGCAGGAAGAACUCUCAGCAUCGACAAUCUCGCGGGCAGUUGCCGAGUUUACUCAGAGUUUGUUAUGGCUUAUCAUCAUCUCGGGUGCCAUGCACUUCUGGUGCCAGGGCUUGCCUGACGAGGUUUACAACAAGAUCCAUCGAGAUGGCAUCGCAAUUAAUGAUCACGUGAACAAGUUCUUGAAGAGCUGGGUCCCUGCCUGGGCGCUGCUUAAGCUGGAUGUAAGCACUCCAACCGCGGACGGCCAGGAGGGUGGAUCUUGGUUCACACGGGGCAUUGUGAAAUGGUGCACGAGCCCGCGGGACUCUGGCGAAAACACGCAAUCUGAACAGAGAGUGCGUUGGUCUAUCCAUUUCACUGGCACGGGAAUGGACAUGGAAAGGUUUCUUGCGGAUUUGCGGAGCCAGAAAGACAUGGGCACCAUCAGGUACAACGGAUUGGAGGUUGAAAAGAUUACCUGUGACAAUCUGCACAAGGCAACGGAGGUCUAA